AUGUCAUCUAAAUCUGAAUCUGAACUUAAGAAAAUGAAGAUCGCUGAUCUUAAGAAACUUUGCACAAUUUCAUCUCUGCAAACUACCGGUUCUAAACAGGAACUAAUUGAUCGUAUAUUGGUCUACGAAGCAAGCAAAUCGUCUCUUACAGUCGCUCCUGAUGAAGAAGCUCAAUUGCUAGAUGAAGAUGACGCUUCACCUUGUGAUAUUAGUCACAACCUUUCCACUGUCAUUCCUGAUGGAAAGCCUCAAACACAAGUUGAAGAUGCACCAAGUACUGAAUCUCAAACGGAUAAAGAAAAGACCACCAAUUCUGUAGCUGCCAAACCGGAUAUUUCCAAAAUGACAAUGGAAGAAAGAAUCGCUUACAGAAAGCAACGUUUUGGUGGGAUUGGCGAUGUCUCUAGCAACUACUCAUCAACUCGCCCUACUCUAAGUGGUCAAGACUUAGAAAAAAGGUUAGAAAGAGCAAAGAGAUUUGGAUUACCUGUCGAUACCUUUCCGAAAUCUGACAUUGAACGUAUGAAAUCUCGCGCAGAGCGUUUCGCAACUGCACCAAUCAAACCUGAUGCCCAGGUUGAAUUGACUCCGGAAGAACUAGAAAGGAAGCGCAAGCGUCUUGAGAGAUUUGGUGAAACAAUGGGUGAUGAAGAGAAGAAGAAACUUGAAAGAGCCAUCAGAUUCGGAUUAACUGAAGCAAAGAAAUCCAAAACUGAUUUGUCUUGA